AUGACCAAAGGAAAAUACACAGCAACUGAAGAUGUCAACUAUGCCGCCCAUACAUCCCGAUCAGCUUAUCGUUCCGAAUCAAUUACGUCAAGAAGCGGCGAACGUGGUCGAAGCUCAUCAUCCGAAAUUGUUACGGCUUCGGAAACUAGAUCGCUGCCAGUAUACAUUGCUACACAGGAUUAUAAUCCUGAACCCGGUGAUACGGAAUCUGUUGCUCUUGAGCAAGGACAAAUUGUUGAAGUUUUAGACAAGAAAAAUGCUGCUUCAUGGCUUAUAAGAACAAAGGCACGUCCACCAAAAUCCGGUUGGGUGCCCGGAUCGUACUUUGAGUCCCCAACCGAAUAUUAUAAACAACGAAAACGGACACGUGAACUGGUGGGCAGUGAUUUGACGCUGACCGAAGAACAAGAAGCAAUUAUGAAACGAGAGUGA